UUGUGGUGUGCCAUCCUCGAGAACUGUCCAGAUUCGCGCUCGCACCCUGGGAUGUCUCAGUGGUACAAGCUCCAGCAGCUCGACUCCAAGUUCCUGGAGCAGGUUCACCAGCUGUACGAUGACAAUUUUCCCAUGGAAAUCAGACAGUACCUGGCACAGUGGCUAGAAAAGCAAGACUGGGAACACGCUGCCAAUGAUGUUUCGUUCGCCACUAUCCGUUUCCAUGACCUCCUGUCGCAGCUGGAUGAUCAGUACAGUCGCUUUUCUUUGGAGAACAAUUUCUUGUUGCAACAUAAUAUUAGGAAGAGCAAGCGUAACCUUCAGGAUCAUUUUCAAGAAGAUCCAAUUCAGAUGUCUAUGGUCAUCUAUAACUGUCUAAAGGAGGAAAGGAAGAUUUUGGAAAAUGCCCAGAGAUUUAAUCAGGCUCAGUCGGGGAGCAUCCAGAACACAGUGAUGCUAGACAAGCAGAAGGAGCUUGAUGGCAAAGUCCGAAAUGUCAAGGACAAAGUUAUGUGUAUAGAGCAUGAAAUCAAGAGCCUAGAAGACUUACAAGAUGAAUACGACUUCAAAUGCAAAACCUUGCAGAACAGAGAAUUCGAAACCAAUGGCGUGGCAAAGAACGAGCAGAAGCAGGAGCAACAGUUACUGCAGAAGAUGUUUUUGAUGCUUGACAACAAGAGGAAGGAAGUGGUUCACAAGAUCAUAGACUUGCUGAAUGUCACGGAGCUCACCCAGAAUGCCCUGAUCAAUGAGGAACUGGUGGAGUGGAAGCAGCGGCAGCAGAGCGCCUGCAUCGGGGGCCCGCCCAAUGCGUGCCUGGAUCAGCUGCAGAACUGGUUCACCAUUGUCGCUGAGAGUCUGCAGCAGGUUCGCCAGCAGCUGAAGAAGUUGGAGGAGCUGGAGCAGAAAUACACCUAUGAGCUUGACCCCAUCACCAAGAACAAGCAGGUGCUGUGGGACCGCACCUUCAGCCUCUUCCAGCAGCUCAUUCAGAGCUCCUUUGUGGUGGAGAGACAGCCUUGCAUGCCGACGCACCCGCAGAGGCCACUGGUCUUGAAGACAGGAGUACAGUUCACUGUGAAGCUGAGAUUGUUGGUGAAAUUGCAAGAGCUGAAUUACAACCUGAAAGUCAAAGUCUUAUUUGAUAAAGAUGUGAAUGAGAGAAAUACAGUGAAAGGGUUUCGAAAGUUUAACAUUCUGGGCACGCACACAAAGGUGAUGAACAUGGAGGAAUCUACCAACGGAAGUCUGGCGGCUGAAUUUCGCCACCUGCAACUGAAAGAGCAGAAGAAUGCCGGCACCAGAACUAACGAGGGUCCUCUCAUUGUCACUGAAGAGCUCCACUCCCUGAGUUUUGAAACCCAGUUAUGCCAGCCUGGUUUGGUAAUUGACCUCGAGACGACCUCUCUGCCUAUCGUGGUGAUCUCCAACGUGAGCCAGCUCCCCAGUGGCUGGGCCUCCAUCCUGUGGUACAACAUGCUGGUGGCGGAACCCCGGAAUCUGUCCUUCUUCCUGAAUCCACCAUGUGCACGAUGGUCUCAACUCUCAGAGGUGCUGAGUUGGCAGUUUUCUUCUGUCACCAAAAGAGGUCUCAACGUCGACCAGCUGAACAUGUUGGGAGAGAAGCUUCUUGGUCCUAACGCCGGCCCCGAGGGUCUCAUCCCGUGGACGAGGUUCUGUAAGGAAAACAUCAAUGAUAAAAACUUUCCCUUCUGGCUUUGGAUUGAAAGCAUCCUAGAGCUCAUUAAGAAGCACCUGCUCUCCCUCUGGAAUGAUGGGUGCAUCAUGGGCUUCAUCAGCAAGGAGCGGGAGCGCGCGCUGCUCAAGGACCAGCAGCCGGGGACCUUCCUGCUGCGCUUCAGCGAGAGCAGCCGGGAGGGGGCCAUCACGUUCACGUGGGUGGAGCACUCGCAGAACGGAGGCGAACUUGAAUUCCAUUCUGUGGAACCCUACACAAAGAAAGAACUUUCUGCUGUGACGUUCCCUGACAUCAUUCGCAAUUACAAAGUCAUGGCUGCUGAGAAUAUUCCAGAAAAUCCCCUGAAGUAUCUGUAUCCAAAUAUUGACAAAGACCAUGCCUUUGGGAAAUACUACUCCAGGCCAAAGGAAGCACCAGAACCAAUGGAACUCGAUGGCCCUAAAGGAACUGGCUAUAUCAAGACUGAGUUGAUUUCUGUGUCUGAAGUCACUGCUGGGGUGGAUGGAUGUAGCCUUCAUGUAAAAACCCUCUGCGGAGCAGCUUUAAUCUGCAUACAGAGCUCAAGACACCCCUCUAGACUCCAGACCACGGACAACCUGCUCCCCAUGUCUCCCGAGGAGUUUGAUGAAGUGUCUCGGAUAGUUGGAUUCGACAGCAUGAUGAAUGCAGUGUAGAGCAUGAAGGUUUCUUGUCUUCCCCGGGACUGUUUUCCUAACCAUUUGUGACGCCCCUGCUCACAUCCCUCACAUCCCAUGUUUCUAGGGGAAUGCAAGAAAGGCCAUCAAGUUUGCUGCCACCUGUUGAUAGCAAGUGCAUUUUUCUCUAACUCGGAAACACCUGUUAAUCUGAAGGGCAUCGUGCAUCUUCUUGAAGGUAAAACUGAAAGGCAUUCUCCUCAGUGUGGGAUUUGCAAAUGAAAAACAUCCAGAUGCCCCAAAGCUCCAGGACUAGAACGCAGGUCCCCAGGGAAAGGUGAGAAGUUUAGCAACAUCAUGCGAGUGCCGUGCACAAAGUCAGUGCCAAUUGUUCUAGGCUGUUGGACAGAUCAGAUCAGCCCUUAUUUAGGGAACUGCUUGAUGUAGGACUGUUAAAUUUCUAUUCUGGAGAAUUCUCUUAUGUUCUCCCUGCUUUAAAUGUGACUUGUGGCUGGAAGUUUUCCACUGGUUUACCUGUGAUAUCGUUCAAAGCCGUUUAUAUACAGUUAUAUCAACCCCUUAUCAAAGGUAGCCAUCUUGCAUCCAGUAGGGUAAAAAAGUUGUGUAUUUUAUUACGUCUUCCACAUCUGCCAAUUUAAAACUAUCUUUUGAGAGACUUUUAGCUUUCCUGUGUGUUACAGCUUAAUGAUACUGGCUGGUAGCAAUAGAAAGAUAUCUAUCCAUUUUCCAAAUUCACAAAUAAUGUUUUCUGUCUAAACUUCAAUUCCAAAGCUAAAGACCACGUCUUGGUCACUCGUCCAUAAAAUUUUUGCAGUUCUCUCAAGGGAGUCAGGCUAUUCACAACAACAUGCUCAAGGCAAGUCCUCCUAUUUCUUAUUAAGUUGAAAUUAAUCACAGAUGAAUUAAACUCAGAAGUUUAAUUCUGAGUUUAAACUCAGAAGUUUAAUUCAUGUUUCUUAAAUGGGCUAGUUUGUCCUUAUUGUUGUUAGCCAGUAUUUAGUCUAUUAGCCAUUAAAUUGGAGAAGGAAUAGGAAAAGUAGUAACUGAUAACCUGAAUCAUUAGCCAGAGAAAAUGAGAAUCAAGUUACUUCGAAACUCUCGUCCUGUGUAACUGUAUUGAAAACUGUGGAUGUUUCACUGAUAAAUGUGUUUCUCUGACAAUUACAUUUGCAAAUGGUUCUCUUGCCUCUCCUGUGCUCUGUCCAAUACUUUUUGGCAUGGAUGCUGUUUCUUGGAGUGUGCUGGAUUUUACCUCAUCCUUCGUUAGCAUGGACACAAAACAGUGGGUAGGGGAGAUGGGCUGAAGGUUCUUCUGAAUAAUUUCACAGACUGCUGUUCACGUGGCUGCAUCGAGUCUCUGAGCAGUCUCUGCCACAGCUAUGCUCUUCUGCAGAUGCCAUAUUUUUCCUUGAUAGGAAUAAAGUUUUCCCAAAGUCUGUUUUAAAA